AUGAGCGAGAACAAGAUUCCUUUGCAUGUAAUGUUGGUUACCUAUUUGUUUUAUCUUAUUGUUGUUUUAUUAGGGCAUGCCAGAGACACAUUUGGAAAGUGGCUUUUUCCCAAGAUACAGAAAAGAAACAAGCUGGACGACAACAGGGUGCCGUUGUACAGCAACUUCGAAAGCUUCUUCAGACGUCGGAUUUUCAAACGAUUCCAGGACUGCUGGGAAAACCCCAUUUCCGGAGUCCCGGGGAGGUAUAUCACUGUCCUGGAAAGGAUAAUAGAAGACUCCAAUGAAAGCUUUCGCCUAACAGGAAAGAAGCUAAAGCUGCUCAAUCUCGGGUCUUAUAAUUAUCUCGGCUUCAGUAACAACGAGGGAUCUAUUGUGGAGAAGGUUGUGGAAGUGGUACACAAGUACCCUCUUGUACUGACGGCACCUGCAAGGGAGGUGGGAAGCUACGACAUAAUCAGGGAGUUGGAGGAGGAGAUGGCGUCUUUUCUACAUCAAGAGGACUGUAUGGUGUUUUCGAUUGGAUAUGGUACAAACUCCUCAAACAUACCUGUGAUAUGUGAGGAGGGGACUCUCAUCCUGUCGGACGAGCUUAACCAUGCGUCUCUGAUAACAGGGGCAAAGAUCAGCAAAGGAGUUAUAAGAGUAUUUGAGCACAAUAAUAUGAAGGACCUAGAGAGUAAGCUUAUCUUCAACAUUUCCCAAGGCCAGCCCUUGACACACAGAGCAUGGAGGAAGAUUGUUGUGAUUGUAGAGGGAAUUUACUCUAUGGAGGGAACUAUUGCCAACAUAAAGAAGCUUGUUGAGUUGAAAAAGAAGUAUAAGUUCUACAUAUUUGUUGAUGAAGCACACUCGAUAGGGGCACUAGGGGCCACGGGAAGAGGAGUAUGCGAACAUGCAAAUGUGGAUUUCAGGGAGGUUGAUAUUCUUAUGGGAACAUUUACAAAGUCUUUUGGGGGGAUGGGAGGAUACAUAGCAGGAUCGAAGAAGCUGGUGACAUGGCUAAGGUUCUAUGGUGAUUUGUCUCUAUAUGGAGACCAAAUGCCACCAUUUGUAUGUUCGCAGAUACUGGAGAGCUUGAGAUGCAUAAAAUCUACGGAGCUUGGAAGGUUGAAGAUCGAAAAGCUCAGGUCGAACACGGUUCUCAUGAGGCAGAACCUUGUGAAUGCUGGCUUUUUUAUACUUGGAGACGAAUUCUCUCCAGUCAUUCCGAUUCUGAUAGUGUGCCCUGGGAAGCUGGUUGAGUUUUCAAGGCUCUGCAUGAUGGAGGGGAUUGGGAUUAUUGUUGUUGGAUAUCCAGCAACUCCUAUAUUGACAAGCAGGGUUCGGCUAUGUAUUUCGGCCUCACACACCACAGAGGAUGUGAUGAAAGCAUUUGAGAUCAUCAAUAAAGUGGGGGACAAGCUUGGAGUGAAGAUUUGUAAAUAA